AUGUUUAAAUCAAUUUUUUAUUUUUUCAUAAUAAUAAUAUUAAGUCUAUUGCUUUUUACCAAUCAACAAUCUUUAAGUGGAGAUGUGAAUGCACUUGCUGUCCUUCCAAAUGGAUAUUUGGUAAGUGGUUCGAAUGAUAAAAGAGUGAAAAUAUGGAAUCCAAGUAAUGGAAAUCUGAUUAGAACUCUCACUGAUCAUAGUUCUCAUGUACGAGCUCUAGCUGUACUUACAAAUGGUGAAUUGGCAAGUGGCUCUUUCGAUAAAACAAUUAAAAUAUGGAAUCCUAAAGAUGGAACUGUGAAGAGAACAUUAAAAGCUCAUUUUCCUGUGUGGAUCCUAAUUUCUCUUCCAAACGGAGAUUUGGUAAGUGGUUCAAAUGCUAAUUCAAUAAUAAUAUGGAAUCCAAUUAAUGGAACUUUGAAAAAAGAACUCAUCAGCCAUACUAAUUGGAUACGUGCAUUUGCAGUGUUUUCGAAUGAAGAUUUAGCUAGUGGCUCUGUUGAUAAAACAGUAAAAAUAUGGAAUCCUAGAGACGGAACACUUAAAAGAACUUUUUCAACAAGCAACAAAGAAAGAGAAAAUCAUACGAAUGAAUUAAGGAAAUAUACUUCACCAACAAAAUUACUGAGAACACUCACAGGUCAUAGUAGCAUAGUGCGUGCAUUGACUGUGCUUCACAACGGAGACUUGAUUAGUGGCUCGAAUGAUAAUACAAUCAAAAUAUGGAAUCCUAUUGAUGGAUCUCUAAAAAGAACAUUCACAGAUCAUAGUGGUCCUGUACGCGCAUUGACCGUGCUUCACUACGGAAACUUAGUGAGUAGUUCUGAAGACAAGACAAUCAAGAUAUGGUGCCUUGAAUGCAAAGUAUCGAAGACACUUACUGGUAAUAAUAGUUGGGUGAUUUCAUUGGCGGUUUUUCCAAAUGGAGAUUUUGCUAGUGGAUCUUGGGACAAAACGAUCAAAAUUUGGAGUAGUGAUAGGCAGUACAAGAAAACGCUUGAUGGUCAUAGUGGUGAUGUGUGUGCAUUGGCCAUGCUUCCCAGUGGAGACUUGGCUAGCGGAUCUGGUGAUAAUACAAUCAAGAUUUGGACCUAUGAUGGCAAACUAAAACGAACGCUCACUGGUCAUAAAGAAUAUGUAAAAGGAUUGACCGUUCUUCCAAACGGAGAUUUAGCGAGUGAAUCUGAUGAUAGAACAAUCAAGAUUUGGAGUAAUGAUGGAGGCUAA